GCGCGCAGCGAUGCCCGGGAGUCUGGCGGGUUGCCGACAAGAGGCAGCUGCAGCCGGGAUGGGCUCACACCUCUGAGUCACUGCUCAGCCUCUGGUCAGGUAUUUUGGACGUUUUGAGGUGUGUGGUUUUUUUCUGGGCGUUUCCCCUCUGUUGUUAUUCAAUAAAAGCAACUGCAGCCACUGUUAGGCAAGAGGGGAAGAAGGUACAGCUGCACUCCGACGUUCAGCACUCCAGUGAUCACACACCUGCUCCGCUGCUGAAGAGCUGUGAUCAGAAUGCAUCCAGAUAAGUGUUUACCUGAACUGGUGGCAGAGAAAAACAGCCUGGAUCCCUCUUUUGUGCACGCGGUGCGUUUACUGGCAGAAGAGAUUGAGAAGUAUGACGGAGAUGAACUGAGAAAAGAUGGUGAUGUGAAGAAAUAUCUGGACAUCAUCAGCAAUAAAAACAUCAAGCUCUCAGAGAGAGUUCUCAUUCCAGUCCGACAGUAUCCAAAGUUUAACUUUGUGGGGAAGCUGCUGGGACCACGGGGAAAUUCUAUGAAAAGAUUACAAGAGGAGACGGGAGUGAAGAUGUCCAUCCUUGGCAAAGGGUCUAUGAGGGAUAAAGAAAAGGAAGAAGAAUUACGGAAAGGCGGGGAUGCCAAAUACGCCCAUCUGAGCAACGAUCUGCACGUUUUAAUUGAAGUCUUUGCUCCACCAGGAGAGGCCUAUUCCCGCAUGAGUCACGCCUUGGAGGAAAUUAAAAAAUUUCUAGUUCCAGACUACAAUGAUGAGAUCAGACAGGAACAGUUGAGAGAGUUAUCCCUGUUGAACGGCUCAGAUGAGUCGAGCAGAGGCAGAACCGCACUCGGGAGGAGCUCGCGACCAACAAGCACAGCUUCCACAAGGGGCCCCAGAGGUACAGGAAGAAGCGCUGCUGCUCCUCGGGGGACAGCAACACCAACACACAGCAAACUUCCCACGACGGCUUUGAAAAGGGAAGCACAAGCUGCAAGAGCCAGAGGGACAGGAGGGAAUGCAGGAUACAGGCCGCCGCUGUUAGCAGUCACACAUGAAUCAUAUGACGACUAUGGGUACGAUGAUGGAUACGGAGGGGAGUAUGAUGAUGAAAGUUAUGAAAUCUAUGAUGACAGCUACAACAGUCAAGCAAAGAGUUCAGAGUAUUAUACCUAUGGACUUGGAACCAGUGAUGAAUCCUACAACAACUAUGAGGAGGAAUGGACGGUCACCCGAGCCACUCUCAAAGCGCCGACUUUACGUCUGACAAGAGGCUCCUACAGAAAAAAUCCCUAUGGCAGAUACUAAAGGUGCUCCAGAAAUGUGAACUACUACUUUACUCAUACUUUUUCUAAUACUUCAUUAAGUCAUGUGACAUUCAUCUUCUGUCCCACUCGUGGCGGCAAUGGAAAGACAAUAAAGUUAUGCUUACAAAGAACAGGAAAGCAACCUGCAAUAUUCUCAAGUGUUAUUUACAGAAUUAAGUCUCAUUUAUGGCAUUCAAACAUCCUUAUCUGGUAUUAAAAAUGUGUUACCCCCCUCCUCAACAAAAGUAAUUUUAAUGAUUACAGAUUGGGUUCCAUUUAACAUAUAGUGCUUUGACUGCUUUGUUUGGAUAGUGUGCUCACUCCGAAGAAGAGCUACUUCAGAGGGACUUUGGUAUUCAUGGUGUGUUUCCCUAAACAUUUCCGAGCACGGUUCUCAAAAGUCAUGGUGUCAAUUAUAUGACGCCCCAUGUCACGAGUAAGCUUCCUCAAAGCAGCUUAGCAUAAGCCAUAAUGCAGACUUAACUGCAAACCACAUGAAGCUCAACGUGACAGACCAUAGGAGUACGUAUAUAGUUAGCUCAAUAAGGAAAACAUCUUUUUUUUCUGCACAAAAGAUGCACCCUGGUAAUAUAAGCAAAAGCCCAUUCUCUUUUUCAUUUAUAGGUGGAUGGUAAACUACAAAAAAAGAGUGCAGAAUGCUCCCUUCUAUAAUGGCUGAGUAGAAAAAAAUGGCUUCUCUGCCCGCGGCCAGGACAGCCAAGCAAUUGGGCUCAUGCACGAUUUAUGGAACCCUAUGUGAGAACACUUUUAGCUGUAACAUCAUAUUUUAUAGCCUGUACUUUUCUUUCAUCCCGCUACCUGAAGCCUGGAAGUGCACAGAUGAUCAAAGAUUUGGUGAGAGCAAUAGGGAAUAAAGCAGGAGAACAAAAAACAUCACACAAAGGAUCAAUGACUACCUUCACUCAUCAAUAUGCAAGACACAAUCUUGAAAUUAAACCACCAACUGUGGGGGGAAAAGACGGAAACGUGACCUGUUGGUGAGGAGGUGAUGAUGUCUGUUUGGUAAUGAGAUCUCUAUAUGUUUAUUUUGAACAUAAAAAGAAAGCUGAGCACAAAAAGAAAUGUAUGUAUAAAAAAAUAGAAAAAAGAAAAGAAAAGUAGCAGGAGUGGUGACCUCCUACGGGAAAACGUGGUCGGUAAGCCACAAAAUCUCUCUAAUCCUUUCUGAGGUGCAGCCAGUUGAGAUAAUUAGACUUGCUCGCACCAAACAAAUUGGCUGAGGACUGUAACAUUUAUAUUUAUGCACCCUAAGCACAUUCCUGCACAUUAUAAAAAUUCCCACUGUAAAGUUUGUUGAUGAAUCUUGAAACUGCCAGGAAAAAACCGCACCAAACACAUUUGUUUCCAUUUGCCUUAAGAGUGUAUUUUCUAUAAGUACUGAGUAUACCGCUUAAUCCUUACUACCUGUAAAACUGAGCUUUAAUCUUUAGCUGCUGUGUGUCUAUUUUACUGCAAAAUGAAAGACUUUGAAAUUGCAUUAAAAUUCUUAGUUUGUCGGUCUCAAUUUUAUCGUUUUUGAUGAUGGCUUUGAAGCUUUGCAAGAUUUAACAAGAAUGAAAAGUGCAUGAGAGUAAAAGUAACAAAAGGAGCAAAAUUUUGAAGCAUCUGAUUUUCAACUAAAAUAUUUUAGCCGCUCAAAGGGGCGAAAAGUUGAAUUCCAGUGGGAAUCAUUCAGGCAUUCAUUAUUUUAACAUAUUUUUACGAGUUGUCUGAAAUAGAUUUGCAAAAAUCUCCAAGCUCUAAAACUCAAAGAAAGACUUAAUCUUAGUGGCAGCAUUGAGACAAACUUUUGGCAACACAACAAAUAAAUACAACUUUUAAAAAAAAAACAUAAUUAAAUUUGAAAUUUUGCUGCUCGGGCAUAAGAGGAGAUGAGUUCCUGCAUGAUGAGUCACUUUUAAAGUUGGAAUAAAAUUGCAUUAAGCAGAGUUCAGACUGCAUGAUUUCACAGUUGUCCUGAGAUGGAGUUUUACAGUUGCAGUGGGUUCACACUGCAUGAUUGAUUUGCCAAAAAGUCACACACCACAGUGUGGUUUCACAUUUUUACAGGAUUCUAUACUGAAGGGAACCUGGUCAUGAAUUAUUAUGGAUCGUAACAUUUAAUUUGGAUUUAAAUGUAAUGCUUUGUUGGAUUUCUGCCACUUAUUGGAUUUCAGACUGCUGGAAGCAAAUUACAUUACUUUGAAUCAGGAUAUGUUUUAUUUUUUCACAUCUAACGUAAAACGUACUGACAGCGGCCUUAUAAUCUUAUGUGAUGGCGAUGGAUCGUUUCAUGUAAACCUAAACUGAAGAAGAAAAGUAGCCAAUAUUUUUCUGCAAAUUAGCCUAAGACUGGAAGCUCAUAUCUUCAUUUGAAAAUAGAGCUUGCACAGCUUGAGCUGACUUACACCUUCUGCAGUCGAGCAACAAUACCAUCUGCUUCUGGGCUCAGACUUGCUCCAUGAGCACAAGACAUCUCUAGAUGUGCAACAACACUGUGUACUUGCCAUUUCUGUCAGCAACUGUGUGAACCAACAUGAUGGCUUGUACCUCCCAUGCUGAGUUUCUUAUUUUCACAAAUAAUCAUGCCAAUUUGUUCUUAACAAGACAAUAAAAGCUCGUUUUGCAAAGGUCUAGGUGAAAACGAAGGGGUCUAUUUCUCUCCGUAUUCAUUUCAAGGACGAGCUGAUUGUCUCUGGCUGAGAGCUGCACCUCCACGCGAAACGUCACCCUGGAUGUUGGGCGCUUGUUGACAGAUUAUAACUGGGGGAUUCAUAAAAAGACAGUUUGGGCAUCAAGGGGAAUUACUAAACAGCAUUUGAUGCGCACCCAGCCAAAAUCUUCACACUCGUGACUUGAACAGCUACACACCAAGGACACCGGUGUCAUUUGUCAUUCUAAUCAGUAUCAAUUCAGACAGACGAAUACAUGCUUUUCCCAUGAAUGCUACCGCAUAUUAUAAUAUUGACUGAAUGGAGAAUCUCGACGUUUGGGGAAAUACAUUCAUUUGGUGCCUUGUCAAGACCUGGAUGGGAGAAUCAAUAAUCACAUUUUCCUGUCAGGCUGCUGAAUAUGAAGCUACAGCAAAUCCACAGACAAUCAGGAAAUUGUUAUAUUAGCCAGAUAUUAGCUUCUUUAAAAAAAGCUAUUUAUUUUUUUAAUUAUAUUGGGAAAAAAUAUAUAUAUUUAACUAGUGCUCUAUUCCAUCACUCUUUCAGCUGAUUACUUUUUUUAUGGGCAGAGAAAAUCUGUUUUUUUAUUCAAAACUAAACAAUCCACACACAAAAUGACAAGCCACUCUUGUAACAAUUUGCUGUCGUGCCUUCAACAUAAAUUCAUUUCUGCUUUCUCCUCCUACAGAUAUCCAAUGGAAAACAUUUGCUGCCCAGCUGGUAGACAACAAUGUUUAGCUCUGUUUUACAUCUGCUGGAUAUUAUUUUACUGUCUUUAAAAGUAUAAAAUGUCCUUUUCAUGCAUAUUUUGUACAUAAAAAGGAGUAAAUAAACACUUGAUUUGUGAAUUUU